ACUUGCCCGGGCGCCGCACGUCGUCAUGGGCGCUGCGUGCUGGGCAUGGCACUUGUCCCUGGCCGUCGCCUUCUUCCAGCCUGGCAGGCUUGCCGGAGGCAACGGGGUGGCAGAUGCUGAUGAAUGUGCAGAAGGGACGGAUGACUGCCAUAUUGACGCAAUUUGUCAAAACACACCCAAGUCCUAUAAAUGCAUCUGUAAACCAGGUUAUAAAGGGGAAGGGAAACAAUGUGAAGACAUUGAUGAGUGUGAAAACGACUUCUACAAUGGAGGAUGUGUACAUGAAUGUAUCAACAUUCCAGGCAAUUACCGGUGUACCUGCUAUGAUGGGUUCAUGUUGGCUCAUGAUGGACACAAUUGUCUUGAUAUUGAUGAAUGUCUGGAUAACAAUGGUGGCUGCCAGCAGAUUUGUGUCAAUACUAUGGGAAGCUAUGAAUGUCAGUGCAAAGAAGGCUUUUUCUUGAGCGAUAAUCAGCACACCUGUAUUCAUCGCUCUAAUGAGGGUAUGAAUUGUAUGAACAAAGAUCAUGGGUGUGCACAUAUCUGCCGGGAGACACCGAAAGGUGGGGUUGCCUGUGAAUGUAGGCCUGGCUUUGAACUUGCCAAAAACCAGAAGAACUGCAAAUUAACCUGUAACUAUGGAAAUGGAGGCUGCCAACAUACGUGUGACGACACAGAGACUGGUCCUGUGUGCGGCUGUCAUCAGAAGUAUGCGCUACACUCUGACGGUCGGACGUGCAUUGAGAAGGAUGAGGCUGCAAUUGAGAGCUCAGAGUUCAAUGCCACGUCAGUAGCUGAUGUGGACAAGCGGGUGAAACGGCGGCUACUCAUGGAAACAUGUGCUGUCAAUAAUGGAGGCUGUGACCGUACUUGCAAGGAUACAGCAACAGGAGUUCGCUGCAGUUGCCCGGUUGGAUUUACCCUGCAGCCUGAUGGGAAAACAUGCAAAGAUAUAGAUGAAUGUCUGGUGAACAAUGGCGGCUGUGAUCAUUUCUGCCGAAACACGGUGGGCAGUUUUGAAUGCAGCUGUCAAAAGGGCUAUAAACUUUUAACAGAUGAACGAACCUGCCAAGAUAUAGACGAAUGCUCCUUUGAAAGGACGUGUGACCAUAUCUGUAUUAACUACCCGGGAACUUUUGAGUGCCUGUGCCAUGAAGGUUACACGUUAUAUGGAAUGACACACUGUGGAGAUAUCGAUGAAUGCAGCGUCAACAAAGGGAGCUGUGGCUACGGAUGCUUGAACACGAUGGGAAGUUAUGAAUGUGUUUGUCCGCCUGGGAAGAAGCUACACUGGAAUAAAAAGGAUUGUGUUGCUAGAAAGCCAUCAAUCCAGAUGCCUCAGUUGGUGUGUAGCAAAUCGGGAGGAGUUGAGAGCUGUUUCUUAUCAUGUCCAUCUAAUAUACUUUUUGUCCCAGACUCUGAGAACAGUUAUUCAGUGAGCUGUGGGGUGCCUGUCCACCAGAGCAAGUUAAGCCAGAAACGUAAUAUGACACUUCCCAGUUGUGCAGACAUAUUAGCGCCACCUGUAAAGCAGAAGGCUCGUUUUAAAAUCAAGGAUGCAAAGUGUCUCUUAAGGCCUCGUACCAAAGAAAAAAUUAAAGAUGUUGGGAAGCAGCAAGCAGUUACAGGAGGGCAAUUCCCUUGCACAGACAACUGCCAGGUGACUUUUGUGAACUUCAAGUGUGACUCCUCGAAGAAGAAACGUCGUGGCCGAAAAUCCCCAUCCAAGGAAGUGUCCCAUAUCACCACUGAGUUUGAAGUGGAGCUGAAGUCCGAGGAAGUCUCAGAUACUUGUAAUGUUGACUGUUUACAAAAAAAGAUGGAGCAGAAGCUACAGACAGCUGUCAAAACCUUGAGGAAAUCUAUCAACAAACAGCAAUUUUACAUUGAAUUUUCUGGGACUGAGUAUGAGGUGGCUCAGAAGGCAACCAAAGCGGUUCCUGAAGGACAUGGACCAUGUAGUGCAGGGCAAGUGCAGCAGGAUGGCAAGUGUGUUACCUGCAGCGUGGGCACCUAUUAUAGUGGAGAACAUAAUCAGUGCAUUCUUUGCUCACCUGGAACAUUCCAAAACACAGAAGGACAACUGUCUUGUGAACCAUGCCCAAGCAGUGAGGGACAGGGUGUAGCAGGUGCACAGCAUGUGUCAGAAUGUGGAGGGCAAUGUUCUCCUGGAUAUUUUUCUUCGGAUGGCUUUAAACCUUGUAGACCAUGCCCACUUGGCUCGUACCAGCCUGAAGCAGGAAGGACCCUUUGUUUUCCAUGUGGUGGAGGACUAGUGACAAAAUAUGAAGGUGCAGUCACGUUUCAGGAUUGUGAAACAAAAGUUCAUUGUUCUCCUGGCCACCACUACAACUCUACAACCCACAGAUGCAUCCGGUGCCCUGUCGGAGCCUACCAACCUGAAUUUGGACAGAACUAUUGUCUUGCCUGCCCUGGGAACACCAGUACAGACUUUGAUGGCUCUACUAAUGUUACACACUGUAAAAAUCAACAGUGUGGGGGGGAACUUGGAGACUACACAGGUUACAUUGAGUCUCCCAAUUAUCCGGGAGAUUAUCCAGCCAAUGUUGAAUGCACAUGGAACAUAAGCCCACCACCAAAGAGAAGGAUUCUCAUAGUGGUUCCUGAGAUAUUCCUUCCUAUUGAAGAUGAAUGUGGUGAUGUUUUAGUAAUGAGGAAAAGUGCUUCACCCACAUCAAUUACCACCUAUGAAACGUGCCAGACUUAUGAGAGACCAAUAGCAUUCAGCUCCCGGUCACGAAAGUUGUGGAUUCAGUUUAGAUCCAACGAAGGAAACAGCGGCAAAGGAUUCCAAGUGCCUUACGUGACUUACGAUGAAGAUUAUCAACAGUUAAUAGAAGACAUUGUUCGAGAUGGUCGAUUAUAUGCAUCGGAAAAUCAUCAAGAAAUUUUAAAAGACAAGAAACUGAUUAAAGCCCUUUUUGAUGUGUUGGCACAUCCACAAAACUAUUUCAAGUACACAGCGCAAGAAUCAAAAGAAAUGUUUCCAAGAUCAUUUAUAAAGUUAUUGCGAUCAAAAGUUUCUAGAUUUCUACGACCAUACAAAUAGAUUCUAGUGCUUUUAAUUUUUUUGGUGUACUUUGCAUUCCUGUCAAGUAUUGUAUGAUCUCCGACAGUAGAAACGUUUUUGCUAAUCUGGGGACUCCUCUGCAGUUUUUUAUUUUAAAUUGUAUAUUGAAGAAUAACUAUAAUGAUUUAUAAUCUCAAGUACACUGAAUGGUGUGGUGUUUUUUUUUACAUCGGAGAAAAAUAAUUUUGGAUUCCAGAGUUCAUCCAGUUGAAGAUCCAAAUAUCGACACUAGUUUUUCUUCAGUUUACCAUAGGAAGCAUUCCUUUUAGAAAACGUAUGUUCUGAAUCUUCGCUGGAGGAGGAAAGAUUUUCUUCUCAGCAAAGAAGAAAGCUGUUCAUUAUGGUCAAAGAAACUACCUGAAAAGAAGAGUUAAGAGAGAAAGGAGUACAUAGUAUGAAUAAUAUUUGGAUUUUGAAUUGCACUUGAAUAUGUGAAAUUUUAUGUGGAAAAUCUAAAUUUCACUGUUUCCGAUUGGCGGUUUUGUGGAGACUUUAUUCUAGGUAUAAACAAAAAAUGAGGAGGCGGGAGCAGGGGUAGCAUAAUUAUAUCUCUUUUAUCAGGCAUGUAAUGUAAAUCAGGGUUAAUGCUUCUGGAAAGAUGAUCUGAUAUUCCAUGAUCUAAUAUUUUAUCAGUCCUGCUGUCACAUUCGUUUAAAAUAAUUGUUACAGUAUGAUAGAAGAGAUUCAAAGGAAAAAAUCGUAGCCAGUUUGCUUGCCUUUGUGACAUAUCUUAAAAAGUACAAUACAGGUAGAUGAUUCUAUUUGUGGUCAUGUUCCUGUUAUAUCUGUAGUUAACCUAAGUACUAUUCAGUGGAUGCGGUCUUUUCUAAGAAGGUCUAUCCAGAGCUCUGCUGGUACAGGACAGGGAGAGAAGGAAGGGAGCAGAGUUAUGGCCACUUUGGAAAGUUGGGGGGAGGGGGUGUUCAAUGAGUAUCCUAGGUUCUUUCUUCUCCCAAAGCAAGAAACAUUGUCCUUGCAAACUCACUUCAACUUUAUAGGUUUGCUGCAUUGUUUAUCUACAUCACAUUGCAAGAUUAUACAAUUUCUUCAAGUGCUUGUAACUUCUAUUUAUCCCAUACUUGUAGUAAAUUGAAAUUGUGUGAUAAAAGGUUAGUUUUCAGGGUCCAAGAUACUGUUUUUGUGAUGAUCCUUAAAAUAGGUCAAAGGGUGGUUGGGUAGUGUCUGUUUUUGUGUGGUGAGUAUGAAAAUUGGUUGGCCCCUUCUUGUUGAAAAAUGUGAUCUAUUAAUUUAUAGUCAAUAUGGCCACCUAUGUUGCUAUAAAUGUUUUUCUUGAUUAUAGCAAAAUACUGAUAUUGCACAUAUUUCAAAUGUUGUUUGAAAAAUCCUUUCAAGAAGAAAAUAUUCUUCUCAUGGCAAAUGUUUAAGAAAUUAUGAUGAUUUGUAGAUAUCAUUUUCACUUCCUUUCUCCCAAGGAGCUCAGGGUGCUGUGUUCUCUUCCCACUAUUUUAUCCUCACAGCAACUUUAUGAACAGUGUUAGGCUGAGAUAAAUUGAUUGAGCUGCCUAGGGAGCCUUAUGAUUAUAGGUUCAAAAGAAAAAGAGAGAGAGUAAUUACGAUAAAAAGAUUAUCAUCAAUCUGUCCAUAAAUACAAAUAGUAGGAUCCUAUAACCUCAUUUUGUCUUGGAGCAAUGUGGGGAAGGGAGGAGUUUAACCAUUCAAUCGCCACUCAGUUCUGUUCAAAAACUGUUUCCCCCCCCCCCCCGCUCUGCUAUUAUCAUUAAAAAGGAGAAGAUUCUGUAACUUGCUUUUUCCAGAGGGACUAUGUACUAUGUUUGUCUUCAGUGGAUCAAAUUUCCAACAGCUGGAUAAUAGAUUUGACUCAGCAUAUCAGAAACAUGGAAUCUGCCUCCUAAUGCUUUGGGCACCACAGUUGUCAGUGUUGAUCAUCUAAACAUUGGGGAAAACAGCGGUCAAAAAACUGGGGCGGUUUUGGGUUUGUUUGUUUGUUUGUAUAUAUAGAACAAGUCUAUGAAAGGGAAAAAUUAGUAGGAAUUAAUUCUGUGCUGUUCAAAAGAAAAAGACCAAUCUUAUUUGACUAUGUAAAAUCUUUAAAAAAUCAAAUCUCCCCCAAAAUUAAAGAAAUAGAAUUAACACAAUACCUGAUGAA